AUAAAAACCGAGUGGUUGCUGUGCGGGAUCUCAUCCAUCUCAUCUAUCUCUGCUUCUUCAAUUCAUCUCUUGCCAUGAAAAUGCAGAAUCUGACUCUGCUUUUAGUGCUAUUCCUCUCAACCUCCCACUCUGCUUUCUCCAUCACAGACGGAUUAUUGCCGAAUGGGAACUUCGAACUGGGCCCAAAACGGGGCCAACUAAAGGGCUCAGUAGUUACGGCCCAAAAUGCAAUUCCUAAUUGGAGCGUAACGGGCUACGUAGAAUACAUACAAUCAGGGCAGAAACAAGGUGACAUGCUUCUUGUUGUGCCCGAAGGUGCUUACGCUAUUAGGCUCGGCAACGAAGCUUCCAUCAAGCAAAACGUGAAGCUCGUGAAGGGGUUGCACUAUGCCAUAACGUUCAGUGCUGCACGCACGUGCGCACAGGAGGAGAAGCUCAACGUGUCUGUGGUUCCAACCAAUGAGAAGAGAGAUUGGGGUCAGAUCCCCAUUCAAACCAUGUAUGGUAGCAAUGGUUGGGAGUCCUUUUCUUGUGGCUUCGUUGCUGAUUUUCAAGAUGCUCAGAUUGUCAUCCAUAACCCUGGUGUUGAAGAAGACCCUGCUUGUGGCCCACUCAUUGAUUCCGUUGCCUUGAAGGUCUUGAACCCACCAAGAAGAACCAGAGCGAAUUUGCUGAAGAAUGGAAACUUCGAAGAAGGGCCAUAUGUGUUUCCAAACGCAUCUUGGGGGGUUCUGAUCCCACCACACAUUGAAGAUGCUCACAGUCCUCUAAUAGGGUGGAUAGUUGAGUCUCUGAAAGCAGUGAAGUACAUUGAUUCAGAACACUUCUCUGUCCCUGAGGGCAAAAGAGCCAUUGAACUUGUUGCAGGGAAAGAGAGCGCAAUUGCGCAAGUUGUGAUCACCACAGUUGGAAGGAUCUAUGACCUCACCUUUGCCGUUGGUGACGCCAGCAAUGCAUGUGAAGGGUCCAUGAUGGUUGAAGCAUUCGCUGGCAAAGACACAGUCCAAGUCCCUUACCAAUCUAAGGGCAAAGGAGGGUUUAUCAGAGGCAAGUUGAGGUUCAAGGCUGUGUCAACACGGACCCGUGUUAGGUUCCUAAGCACGUAUUACACCAUGAAGAAUGAUAACUCUGGUUCGCUUUGUGGACCCGUCAUUGAUGACGUCAAAUUGCUUAGCGUCCGUUACCCUAGACAUGCUUAAUUAGUUAUAUCCAGGAUAGUUAUGUAGUGUUUAUCUUAUUAUAAGAUUGCAAAGCUAGUGCAAUCAAACCACAUUCCAUGAUGAUCCGAUCCAUUUGGUUUCAAUGAGCAUCGUUGAUGCAUCUCUUGUAACAAUUAUUAUUAUUAUUAUUAUUAUUACUGUACCAUAUAAUUUUCAUCA